UCACAGGGAGUAAGGACAGCAAUUUCUGCCUGUUCAUGCCGCUGUUCGACCCCCUCGGAGGGACCAUCAACGCCAAGUCCUGGGAGCUUCAGAAGGAGGUCGAUCAAGGCAUGAACGACCGGGUGCCGAACUUCGUUUUCCUAGCGCACGUCGUGUACGUGGUGUCGUCGACGCAAGUGCCCUUCGCGUUCCGGUCCUGCAGCUCGCUGCCGUUCACGACCCACCUCAUGCUGCUGCCGCUCUGGCCCGUCGCCUUCGCCUUCAUGCUCCUCCAGUGGUUCUGCUCCAAGACCUUCACCGUCAGCUUCUACUUCCUCCGCGGCCGGCUCCACCAUACAUGGAGCAUCCCCAUAUACGGCUUCCAGGUCAGGGCCGCGCGGGAGGGGAGGGGGCAGCACCGGCAGCCGGCAGCCGAGGGCCGCUCGGGAGGCCUCGGGGAGGGGGAGCAGCGGGAGCACCUUGGACUGGCGGAUGGCGGAGCUCUUGUUCCGCCUGGAGCAGCGACGACCGAGAGAGAGAGAGAGCGCCAUGAACAGAGGAGAGGAGCACGAGAGAGGAGGAGAGGGCAGGUUGGAUCGAUUUGAUCGAGUCAGGGGCAAAAGGGGGAGUUCAGAUGCUCUGAAAAAUGAAAAUGAAAAAGAAAGUCGCGAAAUCAAGGAAAUGGAAGGAAAU